GAUUUUGUCCACAAGUGCUUGUGGAAAAGAUGGCUGAUAUUAACCUCAAAGAAGUAACCUUAAUAAUAGGCAUAGUUGCUGCUUGUUAUUGGAACAGCCUCUUUUGUGGUUUUGUUUUUGAUGAUGUGUCAGCAAUACUGGAUAAUAAAGACCUGCAUCCAUCUACACCUUUAAAAACUUUAUUUCAGAAUGAUUUCUGGGGAACCCCUAUGUCUGAAGAGAGAAGCCACAAGUCUUACCGUCCCUUAACAGUAUUGACAUUUCGCUUAAAUUAUUUGUUUAGUGAACUGAAACCUAUGUCAUAUCAUCUCCUAAAUAUGAUUUUUCAUGCUGUGGUUAGUGUGAUAUUUCUUAAAGUCUGCAAACUCUUUCUGGAUAACCGGAGUAGUGUGAUUGCUUCUUUACUUUUUGCAGUGCACCCAAUACACACAGAAGCAGUAACAGGUGUUGUAGGAAGAGCAGAACUUUUGUCAUCUAUCUUUUUUCUAGCUGCAUUUUUGUCAUAUACCAAAUCAAAAGGACCAGAUAAUUCCAUAGUGUGGACUCCUAUCGCCUUGACAGUGUUUUUAGUGGCUGUUGCAACACUGUGUAAAGAGCAGGGAAUAACAGUUGUGGGAAUUUGCUGUGUGUAUGAAGUAUUUAUUGCCCAGGGGUAUACUUUGCCAUUAUUAUGUACUACUGCUGGACAGUUUCUUCGCGGAAAGGGUAGUAUUCCAUUUUCUAUGCUGCAGACACUAAUAAAACUCAUUGUUUUGAUGUUCAGUACACUAUUACUUGUUGUGAUUAGAGUCCAGGUUAUUCAAUCCCAACUUCCAGUAUUCACCAGGUUUGAUAACCCAGCUGCUGUAAGCCCAACUCCUACAAGGCAGCUAACUUUUAACUACCUCCUUCCUGUGAAUGCUUGGCUUUUGUUAAAUCCUUCAGAGCUCUGCUGUGAUUGGACCAUGGGAACAAUACCACUUAUAGAGUCAUUUCUAGAUAUUCGAAAUCUUGCCACAUUUAUUUUUUUUUGCUUUUUGGGGGCUUUGGGAGUAUUCAGUCUCAGAUACCCUGGUAAUUCCUCCAAGAGUGUUUUAAUGGCACUUUGUUUAAUGGCAUUACCGUUUAUUCCUGCAUCAAACCUUUUUUUCCCAGUUGGAUUUGUUGUUGCUGAGAGAGUAUUAUAUGUUCCUAGCAUGGGGUUCUGUAUUUUGGUAGCCCAUGGAUGGCAGAAAAUAUCAAACAAAAGUGUAUUAAAAAAGUUAUCCUGGGUUUGUCUGUCUAUGGUGAUACUCACUCAUGCCUUAAAAACACUCCAUAGAAAUUGGGAUUGGGAGUCUGAAUAUACGCUGUUUAUGUCAGCCUUGAAGGUAAAUAAAAAUAAUGCCAAAUUAUGGAAUAAUGUGGGUCAUGCUCUGGAAAAUGAAAAGAACUUUGAGAGAGCUUUGAAAUACUUCUUACAGGCUACCCAUGUUCAGCCAGAUGAUAUUGGUGCCCACAUGAAUGUAGGAAGAACUUAUAAAAAUUUAAAUAGAACCAAAGCAGCUGAAGAAUCUUACAUGACGGCUAAGUCGCUGAUGCCUCAAAUUAUUCCUGGUAAAAAAUAUGCAGCCAGAAUUGCACCUAACCACUUAAAUGUUUACAUUAAUCUGGCCAACCUGAUACGAGCAAAUGAGUCCCGACUGGAAGAAGCGGAUCAGCUGUACCGACAAGCAAUAAGCAUGAGACCCGACUUCAAGCAGGCUUACAUUAGCAGAGGAGAAUUGCUUUUAAAAAUGAAUAAACCUGUCAAAGCAAAAGAAGCAUAUCUUAAAGCACUAGAGCUGGACAAAAACAAUGCAGAUCUUUGGUACAACUUGGCGAUUGUUCAUAUUGAACUUAAAGAACCAAAUGAAGCCCUAAAAAACUUUAAUCAUGCUUUAGAACUGAAUCCAAAGCAUAAGCUAGCGUUAUUCAAUUCUGCUAUAUUAAUGCAAGAAUCAGGUGAGGUUAAACUCAGACCUGAAGCUAGAAAACGACUUCUUAGCUAUGUAAAUGAGGAGCCACUAGAUGCUAAUGGUUAUUUCAAUCUGGGAAUGCUUGCCAUGGAUGACAAAAAGGACACUGAAGCAGAGAUGUGGAUGAAGAAAGCCAUAAAAUUACAAGCCGAUUUCAGAAGUGCUCUGUUUAAUCUGGCUCUCCUGUAUUCUCAGACUGCAAAGGAAUUAAUGGCUUUGCCAGUCUUGGAAGAGUUACUCAGAUACUAUCCUGAUCAUAUCAAAGGUCUCAUUUUAAAAGGAGACAUUCUGAUGAAUCAAAAGAAAGAUAUACUUGGAGCAAAAAAAUGUUUUGAAAAGAUUUUGGAGAUGGAUCCAAGCAAUGUGCAAGGAAAACACAAUCUUUGUGUUGUUUAUUUUGAAGAGAAGGACUUAUUAAAAGCUGAAAGAUGCCUGGUUGAAACAUUGGCAUUAGCACCACAUGAAGAAUAUAUUCAACGCCAUUUGAAUAUAGUCAGGGAUAAAAUUUCUUCAUCUAGUUUUGUAGAACAGCCAGUAUUCCCAGCUGGUAAGACUUCAGGUAUAGAAGGAGACAAAAUUCCAACUGAAAAUGAAAAAGAAAUCAAAAGUAAACCCAGACCCAUACAGAUAAUAAAAACAAGUGAUAAUAAAAGUCAGUUGAAAUCCAACAAACAGCUAGGAAAAAAUACGGACAAAGAAACUCCCCACAAAACAACAAAAGAGGUCAAAGAAAUUGAGAAGAAAAGAGUUGCUGCUUUAAAAAGACUAGAGGAGAUUGAACGUAUUUUAAAUGGUGAAUAGCAUUACCCUUUAUCACGUGACAGUGGUUUCAAAGAACUUCAGUCUAUAUCAUGUGAUUACUUAUACUGAGAGCUUU